UAGAAUGACUUUGAUCAUCAAGGCGAAGUAUUGAUGUUUGCUAAAGAAGAAAGAAAGUUUCAUUCAACAUUUAUUCAAUGAACGAAAAGAAAUUUUCGCAAACGAGGUCAAAAUCCGUAAAAUUCGCAAAGUUUCUGCUCGGGGAUGUUUGUACGCCAAAAGUCACGACUCUUAUCACAUGUCAACCUUUGAUAUGAUUUCUAAAAAGGAUUGUGUGGAUUUUUUUAUAAACACAAAAACGAUGAAUAAACAAAAAACGGAAAUAAGUACAAAGAUAAAGCAGUAAAACUUGAGACGAAUGUCAACAUUUAAUUCACUUACGUAUUCAAUUAUGAAAUAAAUUCGUCAAAUUCAAGAAUUGUGUAAACAAACUUUGUAAUGUAAACAAGGUUUAUUAAAUUUCGUUUGAGACAUCAUGGCACGUGGUGAACAAGAGAAUGAACACAUUCUUGCAACUUCAAAAAUGGCGUACACGCUUGUUGUGCACGAAGAUUCUGAAGAAGAGUUUCGCGUCGAUGGAUUUAAAAGAAGUACGAGUUACACUGUGUUGUUUUAUGUGCUUGGUUUUUUAAGCGUUGGAUUGAUUUUUCUUCUUGGAUAUUGGAAUCCUGUUCGCAGAAUGAUAUUCACUCACUCUAAAUGUGCUCUUAAUGAGGCGACAACUUUGCUGAUUAAACAGAUACAUGGUGGACAGUUGUAUUUGAGCAAAAUGAAGACAGUAAAUUACAGUAAAGAACACAAAGAAUUAAAGGAUAAACAAUUUUCUAAUUUUGAAUUGGAGCUUUUAUCAAGAUCGUGUUUUAAAUAUUUCGAACAUAAAUUCUUGCGUUAUUACUUUAACUCCAAGUAUGAUAGAGCAUUUGAAAUUUCUGGACUAGAUGAAAUUCUCACAGUGAAGGAAAUAUAUGAAAUGUCACAAGGAUUGUCGCGUGGUUCGUAUUUACAGAAACUGAUUCUUCAUGGAGAAAACUUCAUCAAUGUUCCAGUUCGUUCCUACUUUAUAGUUUUCAUACAACUUGUUGCUGAUCCGUUUUAUGUUUUUCAAGUUUUUAGUGUUUCCCUUUGGUACAGUGACAACUACAUAUACUAUGCUAGUGUGAUCGUUCUGAUGACAUUAUUUUCACUUAUACUUAACACAUAUGAAACUAAAAGCCAUCUGCAGAAACUCCAUGAUAUGGUAGCUGAUGCUUUUGAUGUGAAGGUUUUAUCACCUGGAGAAAACGGAGUUGAUGUAACUUCUAAAUCUUCAAAGGAUUUGGUUCCCGGCGAUGUUCUAGUAAUCCCACCAGAAGGUCUCCAUCUUCCUUGUGAUGCCGUUCUCUUAAACGGACGAUGUGUUGUAAAUGAGAGCACCCUGACAGGAGAGAGUUUUCCAACUUCAAAAACAGGUGUCGAUGGUUUGACUUCAACGAGUGGAAAUGUGUUGUCUGAAAUAUUUUCAGUAAACAAACAUAAAAGACAUACUUUAUAUAAUGGCACAGAAAUUCUACAAGCUCAUUUUUAUGGGGGAGACACGCGAAUUCUUGCUGUGGUCAUUCGCACUGGAUUUUGUACGUUAAAGGGACGCCUUAUUCGUUCAAUCAUCCACCCAAAACCAGUUCAUUUCACAUUUUUCCGAGAUUCGAUGAAAUUUAUUUUAUUUCUUGGUUUCCUUGCAUUUUUUGGUUUUGUUUAUACCAUCAUCAUAUUCAUAAGACACGGUGAACCCCCAGGUGUUAUAGCAAGAAAAUCACUGGACAUAUUCACAAUCGCAGUCCCACCAGAACUACCAGCAUGUAUGUCUGUUGGAUUAAUGUACGCUCUCCAUCGUCUACGAAAACAACACAUUUACUGUAUUGAUCCCGCGCGUGUGAAUGUUUGUGGUAAAAUCAAAAUGUUUGUGUUUGACAAAACCGGAACAUUAACUGAGGAUACAUUGGCUGUUUCGGGGGUUGUCAGAGUGGAGGGUAAUGUUGUCGAACCGAUGGAGCAUUCCGUUGAUAAGAUACAAGACUCUACUCUUGUAAAGGCAAUGGCUUGCUGUCACAGCUUAACUAUCAUUAAAGGACAAGUAAUUGGUGAUCCUCUCGAUUCCUAUAUGUUUGAUUUUACAAAAUGGAAAAUCAAUGAACCAAGCGAUGAAUCUGGUUCGAAGUACCAGCUACUCGCCCCUGUUACGGUUUCUCCUCCAGAAAUAAUUUCUGCUACUGAUGCUUCACAAGAGACAGUCUUUGACGGUGAUAUAGAGAACGCAAAAGAGAUUGGUAUUUUGAAACAGUAUCCGUUUGAAUCGUCUUUACAAAGAAUGAGUGUGAUCACAAAACAACUUGGCCACUCCAAUAUGACGGUAUAUGCUAAAGGCUCUCCAGAGAUGAUACUUUCAUUUUGUCAGGAGGAAAGCAAACCAGUCGGGAUUUUGGAUGUACUGAUGGAAUUCACAAAAGCAGGAAGUAGAGUUCUCGCUGUUGCAACUAAAAAUUUACCUUCAUCAACAAAAUGGCACCAUCUAAAAAAAUUGUCUCGAUCUGAAGUCGAAUCUGAGUUGCAGUUUCUUGGAUUGAUCAUUUUUGAGAACGUUUUGAAACCAGCUUCUAAAAAUGUUAUUAAAACUUUAGAAAAUGCAAACAUCAGAACAAUCAUGGCGACUGGCGAUAAUCUAUACACAGCAGCUUCUGUUGCCAGGGAAGUAGACAUUGUCAAGUCAUAUCAAAAGACUAUCGAAGUCAAAUUCACAGAAGAGGAUCAAUUGAAGUACGAAGUCUUGCAAAGUGAAGAGAAAGAAAGUUCAGAAAAUUCGAAUGCUAUUGUGAAUGUAGAAUACGCAAAUCUUGACUACGCCAUGGCUCUUGGUGGCAAUACGUUUAUGCGUUUGAGAGAAAAAUGUGCAAAUUUGUUACCAAAAAUUUUAAUGUCAGCCUCUGUUUUUGCCAGAAUGUCUCCAGAUCAGAAAACCAUUCUUGUUGAAGAUUUGAAAAAGAUUGGGUAUGGAGUGGGGAUGUGUGGAGAUGGUGCAAACGAUUGUGGUGCACUUAAAGCCGCACAUGCAGGAAUUGCUCUUUCCGACUCGGAAGCUUCAGUUGCUUCCCCUUUCACUUCAAAAGUAUUUGACAUAUCUUGCGUUCCACGGUUGCUGAAAGAGGGAAGAGCAGCGCUCGUGACGUCAUUUGGUAUUUUCAAAUACAUGGCAUUGUAUAGUUUUCUGCAAUUCAUUGGAGUUCUCAUAUUAUACUCAAUCAACUCCAGUUAUUCCGAUUGGCAGUUUCUGUAUGUUGAUUUGUUCUUAAAUCUGCCAUUGGUUGUGACCAUGAUUCAAUCUGAAGCCAGUGAUAAAUUGACCAAGAAACGUCCACCUGGUAAAUUAGUUCAUCCAAUAUUUCUGGGAGGUAUUCUACUUCAAACUCUCAUCCUGUUUCUUUUUCAAUUUGGUGCAUUUAUUUACGUCAGACACAUCUAUUGGUACAAACCGCCUUCUUCUUUCAAAGAGAACGAAACAGAAGAAUUAAAUUUUGUCAGCUAUGAGAAUGUUGCAGUGUUAACCGUGUCAUAUUUUCAGUACAUCUGGUUAUCUGCAGUGUGCGCCUCAGGAAAACCAUAUCGCAAGCCACUCUAUCUCAACUACAAAUAUGUGUUAAUGUUUAUUUGUGCUACCAUAUUUACUACCUACAUAUCCCUGGAUCCACCAGAAGCUAUUCGAAAGUUAUUCCUGAUCGCGUCCGUACCAAGCUGGAAAUUUUUGCUGUCGUUGGUGAUGAUUGCUUUUGGCCAUUUUUACGUGUCCUAUGUUGUGGAGAAGAUAUUCUUACCAUCUGCAAUGGUAAAAGGUCUAAGCGAUUAUGUUCGAGGUAAGAAAGAGCCUCGUAAUGAAUAUAAACAUAUUUACAACACUUUAAAAAAUAAUUCUGAUUGGCCACCGCUAAACGAUUUAUGACACUACCAUUUUUUUUGGUUAAGCGCUAGUGUUAGUCAAAGUCUCUUUGAGUUUUUCCCGCUCGAAUCACGCGUUGUGACAAUUAGCUUUUCAAUAGGCCUUACGUUUUACGAAACUUUUUUUCUUUUAGUAUCCACUCGUUUUGCUUUUAACCCAUUUUUAACAGACCUUUUAUUUUACACAAUUAACUUGUUGAUGUUUUGUAACUUUUAUUCGUAUCCUUUUGUUGAAAUUAAAAGAAAUAUAAUAAUGAAUCACAAACGAGG